AUGACCUGUUCAAUAGCCGCAGCAGGUGAUGGUGAUCGCGAAGAUGAGAGUAACGGCGAUCUCGGAGUGAAGCAAGGCAUAAAUUUCAACAACUGGUCGGAGGAAUCUCUAAUCAAAAAAUCUUAUAAACUUAAAUACGUAAGCCCAACGACGUCUUUCGCAAUGGAACUUCUUCAGAUCUUCCUCUUCUUAAUACUGUCCGGCUUUUUGGAGAAAUUUAGGCCGGGAAAGUAUGGUGUGCAAUUACCGUGGAACUUUUUUUUACAAAAAAAAUAUUGGACUGCCAAAAUGACAGAGGAGAAAAAGAAAACUGAUAUCAAGAGUAUUUACGACCCGGCCGAUGAGAAAUAUUUUGUAGACCCUCCAGAUGAUUUAAAAGUGGCCGUAACCGUUAAUAACGUGCAAAAGAUUUACAAGGGCAUCCGCACCAAAGUCGUUGCUUUAGACAAAGUAUCUUUAAAGUUUUACAAGGGCGAGAUCACAGUACUUAUUGGACACAAUGGAGCAGGAAAAACAACGCUUUUGUAUAUUAUUGCAGGAAUGCUAAAGCAAUCGUCUGGUAACGUUGAAGUCGAAGAUUUUGACACAGUUUUACAGCAGGCAAAGCUAAAAAGAAAAAUUGGACUGUGCCCCCAACGUAACAUCUUUAUAAAUGAUUUAACAGUAGAAGAGCAUUUGAUAUUCUUCUCUAAGCGUAUAGGGCCGCUGCCUGGGGGUCGCCGGGGCGCGUCUGGAGCUGGCGCUGGACGCGGCAGCAUGCGGGCCGACAGCCAAGUGCGAGGAGCUGCAAGAUCACCUAGCAGCCCCACGCAUCCAUCAUCCCCACCAGACGGCUUGAUGUCGGCAGGGUCCUCUCGGACUCGGCAAGCGGCAUCCGCCGCUGGUGGAGUGCGCCGCGUGCGUUGCACAAGGGAUAUGAACGCAAACGCAUUGCGGGCGUACUAUAGGGCGAAAGGGGAAGAAACUGCGGGGAUAGCGUAUCGGGCUCGGAUGCAUUGCUUUUUUGCUGAGCUGGAGCCGUCUAUUCCCGUCACGGAACAAAACCUGGCAGACCGAGUUCGGUACAUCAUGCGCUUGAAAAUAUUUGAUGAUGCCGAGCUCGAACGACUACGACGUGAGGCCAUUCCCUCAUCGAAUGAAUUGGCUACGGCUGGGGAUGCGGCUCCUCAGGCGACAGACCAGCUGCCCCGCGUAGAAGCCGUCAUGGAUCUUCCAGUUGUGGUUGAAUCAGACGAUGAUGAAAUGAUCUCCCACGAACUAGAGCAAAUGAGGAGUAUAUUGGAAGAGGCGAUUUUGGAAACGCGCAGCAUGCCUCUCGAAAAUCGACCGCGACUUCCCCGCACACCCCUAAGCAAGCGAAAUCGGGCUGUCGUGAGGGCUCUUAACCCAAUGCUGGUAACCUAUUUGGAAGCCAGCCGGGACCUUUGCGAGACGGACUCAGUUCUUUUUGGCACCGUAGUGGCAGCUUGCCAUAUUAUUGGCGCCAAACUUCCCAUAGCUGGACGCGCUACUAAACAAAGUAGCGCCAUCCCAGCCUGGAGAAAAAGAAUUGAGGACCGUAUCGCAAAGGCAAGGGCCCUUAUCGGCAGACUGAUAAGCUUCAGGUCGGGUAAUAAUAGACCAAGGGUUGUGCGCACCGUUAGAAUGGCGUUUGCUGGGACAAAUAUCAGUUUGUCCCAGCCGGAUAUCACGCAGAAACUAACGGAGCGCAUAGACGACCUGAAGCAAAAGAUUGCUGCUUGGGGGAAGCGGAUUCGCCGAUUUACCGAGAGGUCAAGGCGGUUCAACUAG